AUGUCAAAAACAAAGUCUAAUACUAAAUAACAAGAGGGAGGUGAUUAAGAUCAUGAAACCUAGCAGGAGAUUCAGAAUUCUAUCUCAGAUGCCCCAACUAGUAGAUUGAUUGUUAAAAAUAUCCCUAAGCAUUUGGAUGAACAGAGAUUGAAGCUGCAUUUCACUAAGGCAGGCACAGUCACUGAUGCCAAAAUCAUGAGAAAAGGAAACAAGUCAAGAUUGUUUGGGUUCAUAGGUUUUAAGACAGAAGAUGAAGCGGCUCAAGCCAAGAAAUACUUCAAUAACACUUUUGUGGAUACCAGCAGAAUUUAGGUAGAGUAUGCUUAUGCUCAGAAUGAUCCUAAAUUGACCAGACCUUGGUCUAAGUAUAGCAAAGGAAGCAGCGCUUAUAAUCUCAGAAAUCAGCCAUCUAAAGAGGAGAAAGCUAAGCUUACUGAAGAAGAAAGACAGUAAAUCGAGAUAGAGAAGGAAAAGAAGAAGGAAAAGUUCAGGUCAUUCUUGAAGGUAAUGGGAAUGUCCAAGGAUAACAAGUAGUCCUGGAAUGAUAGCUUCACUGCAUUCAUGGCUGAUGACGGUUCAGGUCUGCAGUAUACUGCCAAAGAUGAUGAUAAAAAGAAGAGACUUAGCAAAGAAGAAGCCAAGAAAAAGAAGUUGGAGGAAAAGGAAGCAAAGAAGAGUGAAAAAUCUAAGAAGAAAGAUGAGGAGGAUGCAGAGGAAGAAAAUAAAGAAGAAGGUGAUGAAGCCAAGGUAAAUGAAGUUGAUAGUAAUAUCGAUGAGUAAAGGCUUUAUGUAAUGAAUCUACCAUUUACUAUUACUCACGAAGAGCUGAGAACGCAAUUCGAGAAGUUUGGAGAGAUUUCAGAUUUAGAGAUACCUCUCAGAAAAGGUGGAUAAGGAUUCGGUUUCGCCUUUAUCAAAUUUGCGACUGUUGAAGCUACUGUGAGUGCAUAUGCUGAUCUUGAUAAAACAUUCUAUUAAGGUAGGAAACUUCAUAUUUUACCUGCUUAGAAGAAACCACCUCAAGAGCCAAAAGAACUAAUCCAGCCAUUGAAUAAUGAAAACGAGAAUGAGAAUCAAGAGAAUGAAAAUUUGGCAGAAAAUGAAGUGUAAAAAGAUGAGAAAUAAGAUGAAGAAAUGAAGGAGGAGAAAAAAGAAAAGAGGCAAGAGAAAGUAAAGGAGAAGAAAUCAACUUUCAAGGAGGAAAAGGAAAAGGAAGUGAAAUCUAACUUUGAUGAUGAGACCAACUGGAACUACCUCUUUAUGAAUCAAGACUCAGUAGCAACCUCGAUGGCUAGCAGAUUAAAUAUAAGCAAGGGCAGUCUCUUAGACAGAAAUCAAAAUAAUUUAGCAGUUAGAUUAGCUCAGGCUGAAACUAUAGUCAUAAAUCAGACUAAGGAAUGGAUGAAAGAAAAUGGCAUAGACCUGGAUAAGCUCGAGAGAACAGACAGAUCAAAGUGCAAGCGUUCAUUUACAGUCAUAAUUGUGAAGAAUAUUCCUUACUCAACAAAGGAGGAAGAACUCAAAGAAAUCUUUGAGAGAUAUGGAGUACUCAAGAGAGUAUUGCUCUCUCCAUUUAACACUCUAGGUAUUGUUGAAUAUGAUAAUGAGAAACAAGCCAAGGCUGCAAUGAAGAACCUCGCUUACUAUAAAAUUAACUACAUCAUGCCAAUUUAUCUCGAAUAUGCUCCUGUUAUCAUUUCUAAGAGUGCAGCGUUAACUAAGGAAGAUAAAAAGAAGCAAGAAAAGGAAGUAGAACUUGAAAUUCAAGAGGAUGAGAAUGAUAAGAAAGGUGAAAGAACUAUCUUUGUCAAGAAUUUAAGCUUUGCAACUGUAGAAGAGUAGCUAGAAUAGGUAUUUAAGGAAGCUAAAGUAGGCAAAAUACUCUCUUGUAAAAUAGUCAAAAACAACGAAAAUCAGUUAUCCAGGGGUUAUGGUUUCGUAGAGCUAGAGAAUAAGGAUAAAGCAGAGAAAGCAAUGAAGAAAUUACAGAACUUUAUCUUAGAUGAGCAUGCUUUAAAGCUCAGUAUUUCCAAAAAGGAUAUUGCCAAAUCAGAUAAAAGACUCAAGGAUUAAUAGUUGCUUACUAAGAGAAAGGAGAAGACAGAAUUAGCAGCAGUUGAUGCUCAGGAGGAAUUGACUUCAAACAAACUGACAGUGAAGAAUUUGGCAUUUGAGGCAACUGAUAAUGACAUUAGAGAACUGUUCAAGACUUAUGGUGCUUUGAGGAAAGUUAGAUUACCAAAGAAAGUUAACUCCAAGAGUCACAGAGGAUUUGGAUUCGUAGAAUUUGUGAGCAGCGAAGAAGCCAAGAAUGCAUUCAAAAAUCUCUAGCACACGCAUUUAUACGGCAGAAAAAUAAUCAUAGAAUGGGCAAAGCCAGACGAUAAUGUGACAUAGCCUUAGGAGAAAAAGCAGAAAAAAUGA